AUCCUCCAACAACUGGCAGGAUUCUGCCCUCGAAUAAAUUAUUUACAGUAUUCCACAAAAAUAAAUAAAUAAUCUACAGUCUUCCACAAAAGAAAUUGCCAACUUAAGAGCUAAUUAAUGCAUAGGUUAAUACAUAAAACUAACAUAGCAAUUUUCACCAUUACAAUCAUGAACAUUCAGUAAAAUUUCUGGUUUCAAAACAAAGCAGAGAUGAUUUAUACGAUUCGAAUAAGCGUCCAGGACUGUAUGACUUCAUGUGGUUGCUGAAACCGUGAUAUGUUGACUGCUAAGCUUGGUUAAUGCUAUGGAUUCCGUGGUUAUCUCCAAAUGGAAGUGGCAGCAAGGACCGAGUCCAUUCCAAUUCUUAUCAUGCAGAACAAGAGGCAGCAGAACGUACGCAACAAUAAAAAAUGCACAAGGAUGUGUGCUGGCGGUUGACGUGGGCACUGGUGGAACGAAGGCUGCCCUCAUUUCUAGAUCGGGCGGAGUCAUGUCUACUGCUUUUGCUCCUCACGAACCUCCAUCUCCAUCGCCCAUGGGAUGGCAGGCCAGUGCAGAGCAAGAUCAAGAGAGUUGGUGGUUGGCUGCAAAGAUUGCAAUUAAGGACUGUUUAUUAAAUAAUUCAUCUACCAAUUCUGAUAAGUUGCCGCCUGAUGCUAUUGCUAUAACAGGACAAAUGCAAGAUGUAAUUCUGCUCCCAAAGCAGGGCAGAACAAGUCCACAACGGAAAGCAAUUCUUUAUUCAGAUGCUCGAGCAUCUGUAGAGGCAGCAGAGAUUGCUGAGCUGGCUGGUGGGUCUUCUUCUCUGGCAUCUGCCACAGGACAACCGCAGGGUGGAACAAGCAGUAUUCUAGCAAAGUUACGCUGGCUGGAUAAAAAUGAUAUUGCAGCGGCAGCACAGUGUAAGAGUCUUCUUCUUGGAGGACAUGACUAUGUUGUAUGGAAGCUAUGUGGGGUACUUGUAACAGAUGCAACUACCGCCUCCACCACAGGCUUGACAGACCGUUCAUUUCAAUAUGCAGAGUCUUUGAUAAAAAGAGUAAAUCUGGGACAUUGGCUAGAAAUGCUUCCAUACAUAGCACCAGUGGACAUCCCCUGUGCAGGAGAGGUUAGUGAGGCUGCAGCAGCAGAACUGGGCUUUCCUUUUCUGAAAGCUGUUCCAGUUUUGCAUUGUUGUGGUGAUGCUGGAGCUUGUUCUUUAGGUGCUGGAGCAGGCUCCCCUGGAUCUAUUUAUGGCUACUUGGGGACUUCAGGGUGGGUUGCUGGUUCUUUCAGGCGACCAAAGGAAAGAUCACAGAGAAGUAUACCGGGAGUAUUUACCUUAGCACAUCCCAAUUCUGCCCUUGUCUUUCAAACAGGAUCUAUAAUGACAGCCGGAGGAAAUCUCGCUUGGGCUGCUUCCAAUUUGAUCAAUACAUCCAAGAGGGAGACGCUCCCUAUGAGUACAAUAGAUGAACUAGCAAAAGUUUGCCAGGUUGGAUGUGGAGGACUACUAUAUCUGCCUUUUUUGUCUGGAGAGCGCUGUCCGUUUGAAGAUCCAACUGCACGUGCAGCCUUUAUUGGAAUAUCAAAUAAUACAUCUAUGGGGGAAAUGUUUCGUUCAAUAAUGGAAGGUGUUUCGUUUGCUAUGCUUUCAGCUCAAUGUGCAAUGCUAGAGGAGCCAUUAGCAGAUAGUAGACCCCUUCGGUUGGUUGGUGGUGGAGCAAGUUCUCCAAUAUGGCCACAAAUUAUCGCAAGUGUUUUUGGACAAACUGUGGAGGUACUUGAAGAAGCCCAGGAUGUGGGAGUCAAAGGAGCUGCCUUGCUUGCUGGGAAGUGGCUUGGUUGGCAUGAUACACUCUCUCCUGAUGGUGAUUGGCUGAAAAUUCGACAAACUUAUUAUCCAUGCGAGAAAGCUUCUCUAGUGUAUAAUGAUUUGUUUGCCACAUAUAACGAAGCAUACCAUAAUCUGAGGCCAAUUUUUCAGAAAUUGUCUCCUUAUUGGAAAUAAGCUUCAUUUGUGAGCGCAACCAUCAUGGUAAUAAAGAAACUUAAAUGAUCGAUUGAAUUGUGCCAAGCCUUGAAAGUUAAAUGGAAUUUUCAAUUUGAGGACUUAAGCUUUUUUGAUGCUUUGAUAUUCAAUUUUCAUCGUAUCAGAACUAUAUUGUUUAUUUUUCAAUUUAAAAAUAAUACAGGCCCACCAACAGUGAUGGCCAAAUAGCAGAGGAGAACAUCAUUGUGGGAAACCCAACACCAUUUAUUGUUGAAACAUUAAUAUCAGGGUAUAUUGAUGGUAUUGAUUAAAAGGCAAUUAGGGUUUCGUGCCUCUUGUAGACUACUACUUUGUUGACAGGAAGAAAAAUAAUUAUACAAUGCAAAAGUAAAUGAAGACAGCUUAUUAUUGCU